GUGCAGAGGCAGCCAGUUAGCCCGCCGCCCGUCUAUCUGUCCCCAGAGCCAUGGAGAGAGCCAGUCUGAUCCAGAAGGCCAAGUUGGCAGAGCAGGCCGAACGCUAUGAGGACAUGGCAGCCUUCAUGAAGGGCACUGUGGAAAAGGGUGAGGAGCUUUCCUGUGAAGAGCGGAACCUGCUCUCAGUGGCCUACAAGAACGUGGUGGGUGGCCAGAGGGCUGCCUGGAGGGUCCUGUCCACCAUUGAGCAGAAGAGCAAUGAGGAAGGUUCAGAAGAGAAAGGCCCUGAGGUGCGAGAGUACCGAGAGAAGGUGGAGACUGAGCUCCGGGGCGUGUGUGACACUGUGCUGGGCCUGCUGGACAGGUACCUCAUCAAGGAGGCUGGGGACGCCGAGAGCCGGGUUUUCUACCUGAAGAUGAAGGGUGACUACUACCGCUACCUGGCUGAGGUGGCCACCGGGGACGACAAGAAGCGCAUCAUUGACUCAGCCCGGGCAGCCUACCAGGAGGCCAUGGACAUCAGCAAGAAGGAGAUGCCACCUACCAAUCCCAUCCGCCUGGGCCUGGCCCUGAACUUUUCUGUCUUUCACUAUGAGAUUGCCAAUAGCCCAGAGGAGGCCAUCUCGCUGGCCAAGACCACUUUUGAUGAGGCCAUGGCUGACCUGCACACCCUCAGCGAGGACUCCUACAAAGACAGCACCCUUAUCAUGCAGCUGCUGCGAGACAACCUGACACUGUGGACAGCUGACAACGCCGGGGAAGAGGGGGGCGAGGCUCCAGAGGAGACCCAGAGCUGA